AUCUUUAAUAUUAAUUGGGUCAAAAGCAAAAGUUAUCUUGGUAAUACAUUCUCAAAAGAGCAAAAUGCAUUAAAUUACAAUAAAUAAGAGAAUCCACAUAAUAUCAUUUUCUUCAUAUGUUUAGCAAAAAAUGUUAAUUAAAAGAUUUAUUUUUUUGGCAAAAUAUAUUUUAUUGUUUCAUGAAACUGUCAUUCUGUAAUUUCAUUGACAAGUUGUAAACAAAGUUCAGUUUUAGUUAACAUUCGCUUAACUUUAUUGCUUUAGUGUAUUGAUUUCAGACGACGUAACAAUUAUUUACUUUACAAUAUCGGAUUUGGGAAGCAAGAUGAUAUGAUUUUUUACUAGAUUCUGCAUGAACCUUAUAUGUAUUCAAUGUAUUUAAAAUAGUCACCAAACUGGGAAUAUAACAAAAGAAAAUAUAUGUUGGACUUUUAAGGUUUUAAUAUUUUAAGAUUUUUCAGAUUUUGAAAACUCAGAAGAACAAAAUGGAGACUCUAAGGAUGGUGAAGUUACCAUACUUUUUCAUAUUUUGUCUUCUCUUAAUCAUCAUUUGGUUAUUGUCUCAUCAUCCCUCAUGUUCCCCAUAUAUGAGUACCAUUCGAGGAACAGAAUUCUCGCACAUUCCACCUGAAUCUUCAGGCUUAUCUAGUUUACUAAAAGAAGCAGCUUCAGAAGAUAAUACUGUGAUUAUUAGCAUGGUGGAUCGAGAAUGGGCAAAACCAGCAUCUCUUCUUGAUUUGUUCCUUGAGAGUUUUCGGAUUGGAGAAAGAACCAAACACUUGCUGAAUCAUUUGAUUGUUGUGGCUCUAGAUAAUCAAGCUCUUCGAUAUUGUCGUCGUGCCCAUCCUCGUUGUUAUCUUCAUACAGGUUCUGGAAAGAAAAUUGGAUCUGUAAACCCAGAUGGUCUUAUUGCCGGUUGGAAUAAAAAGGCUUUGGUGAAAGAGAUUCUAGAACUCGGUUACAACAUGAUAUUUACUGAAGCUGAUGUGAUAUGGCUAAGGAACCCUCUAAUGCACUGUCAUCCACAUAAUUCAGUCUCAGUGGCUUGCGGGUUCUCAUCAAGUGAUCAACAUGUAACAGCAGAAAAUACAGGAGGUUUCUUCUAUGCCAAGUCUAAUGAAAUAACCAUAGACAUGUUCAAGAUCUUGAACGUAGAGAGAGUUUUGUAUCCUUCAACUGGAAACCAAUCCUUCUGCGACAUUGUCAAGCGGGAAGAUGUAAUUCGUGGGCUUAACAUGAAAGUAACGUACUUGGAUGACGAUAAUUUUGUGAGGUUUUGUCAACAAAAUAGGCAAAACCAAAGCAAGAUAACUACAGUUCAUGCAAGUUGUUAUGAUGAUACAAAGAGUAAGGUGCAGUACCUUAAGUUGCUUCUCCAAGACCGGAAAAUAUGACUCCGCGAUGGAGAAUUCAGAGGCAACGAAGAUUAUUUUCUUUAUACUUAAUAUAUCGAACAAUUUUUCUGUGUGAUAAGUAUGUGAAUUCAUUACUGGGUAAUGGACAAGGAAAUACAAUAAUUUGGAUCUUUUUUUUUGAUCAACAAUAAUUUGGAUCUAAAUCUUGAUAAAAAGCAAAAAUUGUACCCCCAAACCCAAACGCAUAAAAAGUUCUAUAGGUACCCAACUUAAGUCUAUGCUUUGUAAACAUAGAGUCAAGACAUUAUACGGUUAUAAAUGAGGCAAUUAGGAAACUCCUGUUAGCUAAAAUACAUCAGCCAUUGGAUAAGAAUGUGCAAUACCAAAGCUUAAAGCGAAUUCAGCAAGGAAGUACGAUAAAGCAUCCAAAGACUGCUUCCUUCAGGAUACAUGCAGCACUGGAGGAGAAAAAAGCUUCUCAAAUUAGGCGAAAACAAAGGAAGGACACUAAAAUUAAAAGGCUCGACUUUGGACCAGCUCGGGCAUGUACUCUGUAACCCAGAAUCGACAACAAGAAUCGCCAGUGAAGAGAAAUCAGACCAUCAGAUCAACCCCAUGGCUUUCCUCUAGGCCUGGGCAUUUUACCCGAUUUCGAAAAACCUGAACCGAAAUAUGAACCAAAAUAGCAAAACACCCAUACCCAAACGGGUAAUAGUUUAGGAUAUAUUAGAUAUCCAAACCCGAACGGAUAUCCGAACAUAUGUCUGAUGACGUUCAUCCUCCUUAUAUACUUGUGUAUAUUAUCAUGUCUCCUAUAUAUCCUCCACUACUGCUCAUUCAAUCACGAAUAUCUCGAUAUUCUCUUUACUUGCUUCCACGAAUGUCGCAACUGUCUGAAAUAUACAUUCGAUUGUGAAACAACUUUAUGAGAAAUCAAGUUCAGAAAGUUUCUACGGAAAACACUUGAAGAAUAAGUUUCAAAACUACGGAAAUGUACAUGAAGGCUAACAAGAUAGGAAAGGACAAGGGAAAAGAUACCGUGAGGCUCCCAUCGCCCUCAUAAACACCUCAAAUCGCCCACAUAGCCUCUAUCUCAUCACUCCAAUCGCCCACCUAGCUUCCAUUAGCUCCAAUCACCCACAUAGCCACAUAGCCUCUCUCUCUCUCUCAUCACUCCAAUCGCCCACAUAGCUUCCAUGAGCUCCAAUCACCCACAUAGCCUCUCUCUCAUCGCUCCAAUUUCCCACAUAGACUACUCUCAUCACACAACCUCUUCCAAUCGCUCACAUAGACUUUCUCUCAUCACUCCAAUUGCCCACAUAGCUUUCAUGAGCUCCGAUCUCCCACAUAGACUCUCUUUCAUCACACGAGCUCUUACAAUCGCCCACAUAGACUCUCUCUCAUCACACAAGCUCUUCCAAUUCCAAUCGCCCACAUAGACUAUCUCUCAUCACACAAGCUCUUCCAAUCUCCCAAAUAGAGUCUCUAUCAUGAUACAAGCUCUUCCAAUCGCCCACAUAAAGUCUCGCUCAUCACACAAACUCUUCCAAUCACCCACAUAGACUCUCUCUCUCUCUAUCACUCUUGAGUUCUCAAAUUGCCCACAUAGCUCACAUGGGCUAUUAUCGUUCUCAAAUGUCUUUCGUAUCGUCUCAGUCGGAGUCUCCGUUGAGAUUUUACGAUAAAAACUUUGUUUUCUCGUGAAAAACUCAACUUAAACGACAAAGACGAUACUGGCUAGCUUAACACCAUUAUAUCCUCAAAUAAAUGAAUUGACUCCGGCCAAUUCAUAAGAACAUCGACAUAGAAAAUGUGCAUCAAACUAAUCAACGUUUCUCUCCAAGAAAGUCGUAAAAACGCUCAAGUCAUAAAACGAUCUGAAAUAGCCUAACACGGUGAAAGCCCACUUAUGGUUUGAGAUUACAAUAGGCCCAUGUCGCAAUGACGAUCUACUCGAUUUCGUAGAGAAAAAUAGAACAAAAGGAUAAAUGUAAGCUUUCCCGAAGAUAAAUAUGGAAAUGAAGGGGAUAAGGAAGGAGACGAAGGGAUGAUAUACUCGUAUCUUGAGAGGAUAAGGGAAGAGGGCCGACUUUGAGAGACUAUAUAUGCGAGACCACGAGUUCUAGAGGCGGGAUCCGAAAAUUAGACCUUAGAAAAUUUAUGUUAGCUUUAGGAGAACUUAAGGCUUAGGCGGCUAGACUAGCGAGUUCUGUACUUAGAACGUUUACUGCUUUGUUCUUUUGUUCUCCAUUCUUAACGAAUUCAUGUUCAUCCUGUUUUCAGUGAAACUCUGUAAACUAUUCUUCUUAUUAAUCAAUAAUAUGCCUUUGUGCAAUUUCUUACGAUAUUUUGUUAUCUCAAUUUUUCGUAUUCAUGUGUUAGUGCACGAAAUCCGGAUCCUUAAGGCGAAUUUCAGUUUCUACAGUGUCCUUUGUGAAAUAGAUCCGAAAAAAUUCAAAUGUCAUUCUUAGAUCCAGUCAGAUUCAUGUUUAGCUUAUCCAAUCACACAUAACUUUUUAACAAAGGUUACCCACUUAUUAUUGACGAAGAAUCAUGAAUUUGAGUAACUCCAAUAAGCUUUUAAAUAUUGAAAUAGAAAAAAUUGGAAGUUUGGGAUGAAAUGAGAGAGAAAGUGGAAGAGAACUGAUUUGUGUGUAUGUAAGUGUCAAUUCUAGGGGCAUUUAGAACUUGGUUUGAUUGUUAAUGGUGAUUGAUGUAUUGAUGGCAGUAGCAGUUUGGUAUAUAAGUGAUGAAGAUGAGGAUAUAUGAGUAAAACAAGUAAUUUAAAAAAAAAAUAAAACAAAAUAAUAGUAAUUGUAUUUCGUUAAUAAUUAGAAUUUCUAUGGUGAAUAGGAAAACGUUUUUAAAAAAGAGCUUACUUAUGUGUUUGACUUUAAAUUUUGAGUCUUAUUUGAAAGAAAUCAUUUAUAUAUUUUAUAUUUAUAAUUUGAGGUUUUAAAUUUGAAAAUAUUAAAAUUAGGAUAUAGUUUUAAAGUUUAAGGAUAUUAUAUACAUAUAUAUAAUAUAUUAAAAAUGAUAUCUAGCAUUUAUUAAUGCUAUGUUAAGUUAAUAAAAUUUCAACUAUAUAUUUAUAUAUAUAUAUAUAAACUUAUUAAACAUGUCAUUUUAGUACUCAAUGGGAUCACAUUUUCCAAUAAUAAUAAUAAUAAUAUAACAAAUAUAUUUAUUUAAUAUUCAAUGUUAGAUCUCAUUUUGCAAUAUAUAUGAAACAUAUCAUUUUAGUAUUAAAUAUUAGAUCUCAUUUUGCAUAUAUAUAUACAUAUAUAUCAAACAUGUCAUUUAGGUAUUUAAUGUAAUAUCACAUUUAACAGUAUAUAUAUAUAGGUAGAUAUACAAAGUAUUAAACUACAAUCAUAAAAUGUCUGGCCAAGAAAUUCCAGAACGUUCAAAGCAACAAAGUUCCAUGACUAGAUCGCCGAGAGAACCUCCAUGUGAUCUCAAUGAAAAUGGUUUACCAUUAAGACCUCAUCAAACCAUUUGCCCACAUUACAGUAGGUUCGGCCUCUGUAAACUUGGACCAACUUGUAGAUUCGAUCAUUCUACCAAACCACCCUCCUCAGACAGCAAACAAUAAAAUUGAAAGUGAUGUACAAAAUCAGUGUUUCAAUAUUGUUAUAUGCAAAUUCAGUUUCUUUUGUUUUGAUGCAAAGUUUAUUUGACUAGUAUACCUGAAUAAUAUUAAAGUAUGUUAUACAUUUUAGGAUCAACUUGAUCACCAUGGAACCGAAUCUUCGUAUCAUGUAAACAACUAUCUUAAGAUCCGCGCAAUUACGCGGGAUGAAUGUUAUAUAUAAAACUAAUUUUUAUCUAUUA